UUUUAUAAACGCAGACGUUGCGAUAGAUGGGGGCCGUGUCGCUUUAGCAUUUUUCAGCAUGUAAGUGAAAACAGAAGGUACCAGUCUAAGUACAUGUGAAUCAACAUGUCAGCGCCCAGUACAUGUGAAAAGUCCUCUUCCAGUGAAACUGAAAGUACAAAAUCGAAAAGCGAAACGAAAGCUACUCCGUCUCAACCAUCAAAUAACACAGAUUUACCUGAGAGACCGGACGAUAAUGAAACGUGGGGAUACGAUCUCUACCCGGAACGUAAAGGAGACAGAGUGAAAACUUCAUGGAGUGGUUUGCUCAUCUGGGGCGAAGGUCGGAGGGACAUCGAAAAAAUCAAGUGCGAAAAGAACUGCUACUACAGCAUCCAGAAAAGUCCGUACGUUCGACUUCUGCUGAGCGCGUUGAAAAGUGCAGGAUGCGAGUUCGAUCCGCGACGGCAUGUGUCGUGCGAAGUGUGCGGUGACCUCGUAACUGGAGGCUACGACCCGGAGACUAACCAGGUGAUCGUCUGCCAGAACGCGGUGCAGAAGAAGGGCAACACGCAGGCGGUGCUCACGCACGAGCUCGUGCACAUGUACGACUGGUGCCGCGCCAAGCUAGACUUCACCAACCUGCACCACCUCGCCUGCACCGAGGUGCGCGCUGCCAACCUCGCGCAGUGUUCGUUCAUGAGUGCCGUCGUCGACGGAGUCGCCUCGCCGUUCAACAUCAAGCAGACGCAUCAGGAGUGUGUGCGUAACAAGGCGGUCUACUCCGUCAUGGCUGUCCGGCGGGGACUCACCAAGCGGGAGGCGCGUGCCGCCGUCGACGCCGUGUUUGCGCGUUGCUAUGCCGACCUGGAGCCGAUUGGCCGCCGCUGCCGCCGCAACUCGCGCGAUCCGGAGCGAGCGUACCUCGAGCGAUUCAAGCUCGGCUACGACGCCGAGAUAGACUGACGCCUGCAUAGACUGCUAGUCAGUUUAGACGGGCGCCGACGUAGUAGAUUCACGCUGGCCCGGAACUUAAGACUGACGCCGACGUAGACUCACGCUGGCCCGUAGCGUAAGACUCACGCUGGCCUGGAACAUAUGAUGCCAGCGUAGACCGAUGCAGACACACACCAACACUGGCAUAGACUAACAUCGGCUAUAAAACCUACGAAACCGACGCCAGCGAUGCCAGCAGCUUGGACGGAUGCGAAUAGACCGAGGCCAACCAGGCGUAGACUGAUAGCGAUAGACUUACGCCGACUGAACACCUUAGACUGACACCUGCAUAGAUAGACCGACCGACUGUAACAUUGAAACGUGUUAAAGUGUCAAUGAUGUUGUCAGUGUCGGGUCGUGUUCGAUGGAUGAAAUCCGUUUGUUACGUUACGUUUGUGCCGCGUCGUCAUUCUUGUUGUAAUUUUUAGCGAAUAAUAAAGGUUUGCACGUCAAAACUCAAA